GGGCGCCGGGGUAAUAUGCUCACUCGAGUGAAAUCUGCCGUGGCCAAUUUCAUGGGCGGCAUCAUGGCUGGCAGCGCAGGCUCCGAGCACGGCGGCGGCGGCGGCGGCAGCUGCGGCGGCGGCGGCUCGGACCUGCCCCUGCGCUUUCCCUACGGGCGGCCCGAGUUCCUGGGGCUGUCUCAGGACGAGGUGGAGUGCAGCGCCGACCACAUCGCCCGGCCCAUCCUCAUCCUCAAGGAGACCCGGAGGCUGCCCUGGGCCACUGGAUACGCGGAGGUUAUCAAUGCUGGGAAGAGUACACACAAUGAAGACCAAGCCAGCUGUGAGGUGCUCACUGUGAAGAAGAAGGCAGGGGCCAUCACCUCAACCCCGAACAGAAACUCUUCUAAGAGACGGUCUUCCCUUCCCAACGGAGAGGGCCUGCAACUAAAGGAGAACUCGGAAUCGGAAGGCGUCUGCUGCCACUACUGGUCGCUGUUCGACGGGCACGCGGGCUCGGGGGCCGCCGUGGUGGCCGCCCGCCUGCUGCAGCACCAUGUGGCCGAGCAACUGCAGGACAUCGUGGAGAUCCUUAAGAACUCAGCCCUGCUGCCGCCCACCUGCCUGGGCGACGAGCCCGAGCACACGCCCGCGCACAGCCGCACCCUGACGCGCGCCGCCUCGCUGCGCGGCGGGGUGGGCGCCCCCGGCUCCCCCAGCACCCCGCCCACGCGCUUCUUCACGGAGAAGAAGAUCCCGCACGAGUGCCUGGUCAUCGGGGCGCUGGAAAGUGCCUUCCGGGAAAUGGACCUCCAGAUUGAACGCGAAAGGAGUUCCUAUAACAUAUCUGGUGGCUGUACAGCCCUCAUCGUGGUCUGCCUCUUGGGCAAGCUGUACGUGGCGAACGCUGGGGAUAGCAGGGCCAUCAUCAUCAGAAAUGGAGAAAUCAUUCCCAUGUCUUCAGAAUUCACCCCAGAAACGGAGCGCCAACGGCUUCAGUACCUGGCAUUCAUGCAGCCUCACUUACUGGGAAAUGAGUUCACACAUUUGGAGUUUCCAAGGAGAGUACAGAGAAAGGAACUUGGAAAGAAGAUGCUCUACAGGGACUUUAAUAUGACAGGCUGGGCAUAUAAAACCAUUGAAGAUGAUGACUUGAAAUUCCCACUAAUCUAUGGAGAAGGCAAAAAGGCCCGAGUAAUGGCAACUAUCGGAGUGACCAGAGGUCUCGGGGACCAUGACCUGAAAGUGCACGAUUCCAACAUCUACAUAAAACCAUUCCUGUCUUCAGCGCCUGAGGUAAAAGUCUAUGAUCUCUCCAAAUAUGAGCAUGGAGCAGAUGACGUGCUGAUCCUGGCCACUGACGGACUCUGGGAUGUUUUAUCAAAUGAAGAAGUGGCUGAGGCAAUCACUCAGUUUCUUCCUAACUGUGAUCCCGAUGACCCUCACAGGUACACGCUGGCGGCUCAGGAUCUGGUGAUGCGUGCCCGUGGAGUCCUGAAGGACAGAGGAUGGCGGAUAUCCAACGACCGGCUGGGCUCGGGAGACGACAUUUCUGUAUACGUCAUUCCUUUAAUACACGGAAACAAGCUGUCAUGAAAGCCGUCCAGGGGCUGGGAGGACAGCAAGGAAGAAAGCUGGGUUGCCUCUUGGCGGGGCGGGACUUCAAAGUGCCCCCAGCAGAGUCUGGGGUGUGGCCCAGCCCUGCAGGGGCGUGCCGCUGCUGCAGGCCUCUGGCUGAGCUGCCAGGGGACGCUUAGGUUUCCGUUUCCUCUUUAGCAACAGAUCUGGACACUCAUCAAGCGCCCAUGCCCAAGGCUGCUCCCAAAGCCCGUGUUUCCGUUAGUUCCUGCUUUAUGCCUCCCAGGUGGCUCCUGCCACGUGCAGGCUCUUUCUUUGAUCGCCAGUGUCUGGGGCAGGCAGUUUGGGGUGGAAGGGGCAGGAGACUCCCAGAGGCUGUGAAGCUACCAGCUUCUCCGCAGGCUGAGAGCACUGCAUUGGAAGAGUGGGGGGUCGAACUUCAGAAAGUGUGAGCGCCUCCCUUCCUAGUAAGCCCAAGGUUUAGUUCAGGGAAAGCGGUCUCUGGCGGGGAUGCUGUAUGUAGGUGUGUGUGCUUUCUGGUGAUGGUGGGAUAAAGCAGGAUGUUUUCUUUUUCCUUUUCUGCUAUUUCUUGAAUCUUGUUUUUUGGGUUUUGUUGUUGUUGUUGUUUUAAUUUUUCCAUAGAACAGGCCUGGGACUUUCCAGCUCCUUUCUGAGGAAUCUGGGAGUCUGCGUCCAGCCCAGGCUGUCGUAGCCACGGCCCACACCACCCAGGCCGCUUCUGGAGCAGUGCCCUGGCCGCCAGUUGCUGUCUUUGUUGCAUAACUGUUUGUUCCUGAGUUGCGUUUUCUCUCCAAAUCAGUGUGUUUUCGUGAAAAUAGGGGUGUUUCCUUGGACCAACAGUCUGUCUGUUGUUCAGGUCCUCCUUGUAUAAGCUGAGGUUUGUAGGCGGGAGUCUGGCUUUUGGUUUCUGGAAUGGUUGGCCCUCCACACCCUCUGAGCUGGGAUCAGGGACACAGGACAAGUAUUUGCUUUUGGAUCCAGGUUUCUUGGGUCAUAUCCUGAGCCCACUGCAGGCAAGGUACGACAAGGAGUAGCGGUGGUCCUCUGCCUGCAAUUUGGGGUCAGGACAUUUCCUAUAUGUGAAUUCUAGUUCAAUGUGCUGGUCAUUCUCCUGCUGUGUGCGCCGAGUUUCUGCCCCCUAGAAUUGUGUCCCGACUCCUGGGAACUGAGGCCCCUGCUUCUAUGCUCAGGGGUUCUCAGAAGAGCAGCCAUGGAAGCAGCGGCAGACACCAGGUCUCCCCACUACUGCCCUGCCAAGAGGAAUUUUUAGAACUUAAGAUUUUUGUAAAUGACUUCUCUCUCUGAGGCAGAUUGCCAGUUGGCACCAUGUAGGCCUCCUAUGGUAGCCUCACCAUUUUGACAGCUCUGGGUGAUUAAAAACAUAUAGUUUAGCCCAAUAAAGGGGAGGGGAAAGCCCCUUGGUGUGAUUCCCCAGCCUUGCCCCCUCCCCCACCCUCCCCUUGAGCCCAAUGCUGGAGAUUUCCAGUUCUGUGAUGGUUUGAAUCCCUUCCCCAAGGAGAGAAUUGGAACCUUUCUUCUAAGAUAAUUGCCUGCAUUCCUAGAGUGGUUGAUUUUUUUUCUCCGAGAAGGCCUGGAGCCUUCUUACUCAGGAAUGAAUUCAUUCCACAGUGUGGAAACAAAGGCCGGGAGAAGUAUUGUGGGAAUCCAUCCCACCAGGUGUUCAGCAACCUACUGGCUGGGAAGAGCCUAGUCAAGUGUUGUCUUCAUCUGCAGCUUUCUCACCUCCUUCGGUAAAUCUCAGCCAUUCCAAAUGUCUCAGGGGAGAAGUUUGCGGUAAACCAUUUGCUUCUUUGGCAGAAUCUGAUGCUCUGGGAAACCGGCCUCCCGCAGCGGGUGUGGUCCACUUUCUCUUUCUGCCCUGACUCCCAGAGUCUCAUUCAACAAAUGGAAACUUGAUCAAAGUUUUCCAUGAGGAACUUGGGCCCACCUUCUGUGGCCAAUUGUCUGCCCAAUCAUCUCCUGUCCAGGUUUCCAUUACCUUUCCUUUCUUUCCUGAGCAUCUGUGUGUGCUCUCUGUCUUCAGCUUCUUGAAUUUUGUUGGGGCCAUCAGAGCCAGAGUUUGGGUGUAGAAGUAUAGAUACCAUGAUAAGUUUCUACUCGAUUCACCAAUUCACCGACUCCUCAGGCAUGUCUCAGGAAUAAAGUCUGGAAACCCUGCCCUUACUCAAUUUCUGUCACAAUCUUGUGCAUUUAGUCCUACAGGUUUAGAAAAGUAUCUAGGAAUUCCUUUUUUAUAAGAAAGAUCUUAGAAGCAAGCUAAGCCCUGUUCCAUUUGGUGGGAGAUGGAAAGGAAACUACAAAUGAAGGAACUAAAUUAGACGUGAAAAAAAAAGGUGAUAGUAUUGCCCAAGAAAACCUACUCAGCACUAAUACUAUACUGCUUUGCAAAUUGAGCUUACUUGAUUUAGGCCUUAGUUUUCACCCUUGUCACAUAUCAUCCCAUCUCAGCACAGUACCAAACAGUUGGACUCUAGGAGCAUCCCUUGGAAAGCCAAGAGGUAACAUUCAAAAUUCUGCAGCAACACACACACACACACACACACACACACAGAGUUCUGAAAUCUUGUAUCUGACUUAUAGCCAAAUCUGCUUGCCCUGACAGCCUCAAGGGAAGACUUGCUUAAUAAAAGGCUUUCGAUUUCCUAGCCAAGUAUUUAUGGUUGUCUUGGGUGUGUCUAGCCACUUGCUUUAAUAAAAGUCUCUUUCAGUUCUAAAUAUCUUUGUUGAGCUGGCUUCUGCUCUUCAGAUGAGUUGGUGACACCCUUUUCCUUAAAGAGAGCAAAGUCAUACUCCAUACAUACUCUGCAGCAUUUCUCCCGAUCAUCUGAAAUCCCAGUGUAUUGGCAGUCAGUGGUGGGGUCCUGUGGUAGUUAUAAUGGUUGGGAACUGCUGCCCGUUCUUGGGAGAGGUGAAACUUGGGCGAGGCCCCAUACCCAGCUGUCUAAUAGGACAAAGCCAAGAUUAGGGGAAAAAAAAACCAGAACCUUCAGUUAUUUUCCACAGUAUUACACUUUGGGGAAUGUAGGGUGUUUUAUUUUUUUAAUUCCUAGCCACUUAAGCUCCAUGGGGGCUUUCUGACAUCAGCUGUGUCCACAUUCUUCUUCCACAUUCUUCUUCUACUUCUAUGUAUUUGUUUGCUUCUUAGGAUAAAUGACCAAUGUGAGAGAGACGAGAGUCCCAGCACUCAGUUGGGGGGGGCGCUGUGAUUUUGGUCAUUUGAGCCGGGUUUUUGCUUUAUCAACAGCAUCAGUGUUGAAAUAUGGAGAGCAGUUCUCCCAUAUUUCUUUUGUUCAGAUUCUCACAUUAGCCUCUCCCUCACCUUCUUCACCUACCUUCUUUCCUCGGCCAUAACUGGUCACCAAUUUUUUUUUUAAUUUUUAUUAGUGAAACACCAUGAGGUACAGUUGUAGACUUACAAAAUUUGUGCUUGGGUUUCAGUUAUACAAUGAUCAAGUCCCCAUCCCUCCACCAGUGUCAUUCUCCACCACCAAUGAUCCCAGUAUCCCUCCCACACCCCCCCACACCACCAUCACCAAUUUUCUUCCCACGACAAUUUGAGGAUCUAUUCUUCCUUAAGCAACCCCACUGCUGUGCUGUUUUCAAAGUGAAUCUGUUAGGCUUUUAUCAGCUUCUGUCUUCAGUAAUUCAGUGUGAUCGAUGGGGAUACUUGGAAAAAGCUCUGAGAAUCACAGUCUAUGCAAAGAACAGCCAGACCCUAAAUGUUACCCAAUUUAAAAAAACAAAACAAAACAAAAAAAUUAUCACUCAAUCUCUGGCCGCAGGACACAAAUUUGAAUUUUUGAGGAAUUCAUAUUUCAUAGUAGUUAUUGUGGCCUGUACACCACGUCCACGCUGAGCAAACUGUGCAUUUGGAAUGGUGAUGUGUGUAUGUGUUGUGUGUGUGUGUGUGUGUGUGUGUGUGUGUGUGUGUGUGUACACUAAGAUUUUCACAAGACACUACAUGAACAGCCCAACUCCUCAUGUGUGGUGCAGUGGGGGACCUGUCAGCGCUGAGUGCAUCUGGAGGGGACUGCUCUCAUCUACAGCGUUUUUGGUGUAAAUAGCUUCCAUUGUUCCUCAUCGUCUUUGAUGCAGUUUUGUUCCAAUAGUGACCAGGUAGACAGUAACCAAAUGAGGCAGUCCAUGUGGCGUUGUUGCUUUCUACUGUGUUUGAAGCACAACUUUGAGUCUGCCCAUGUCUACAUCUUCCACAGUAAUUAAUGUGUGUUUCUUUGGGGAAAUCCAGAGGAUAUCCUCCUGCUCCUACUUUGCCUCUAUUUUCUUUGUUUCUUCUAGAGACCUAGGGAGUCCCACCAUGGAGACCAUUCAUAAGGAAUGUAUCAUGGUCUGGGUUUCCAAAAAUACCCUCCGUACAGUGAAUGAGAAGACUCUGCCUGAAAGUGGUUCCCAGGCCACACGUACCUAAAUGCUUUGUGAUUGUGAAAAUUGAAUUUUGUAACCACCCUCCCCCCCCCCAAUGAAAAGUCUAGUAAAUGGGAUCUAUUUUGUGUGUUUUGAAACCAAGGUGCAAUGUUCCCCGGAAAAAAGCUAAAGAAAUGUAUAUGCUCAAUGACAUUUUAAAAUAAAAUAUUAUAUAUAAUAUGUA